AUGUUUUCGGCAAGCACAGUGCUGUGCGCGCGCGCCCUGGUGGAUCGCAAGUCCCCCCAGCUCUGGGGUGCACCUGGUGCGCCGAUCAUUCGCAUGCGCGGCCACCACGUGACGUGGAAGUUCCAGUCGUAUGACAUGUUUGUCGAGCACACGCACCGGCGCCGCAACUCCGACAUCCGUCUUCUGCACUACCUCGGCAAGCACUGCCCUCACCCACAAAAGUCACUUUGGUCGCCCGACACACCGGUGACGCAGGACCGCCACUUGUUUAUGCUAACCACGAUCGACGUGGACGCCUUCAAGUAUUGGUUUGGUGUCAAGCGAUGCCGUCUCUCCGUGGGCCCGUGGAACAUUCUCGCGAAGUCGGGGCUGCUCCCGCCGUCGUACAAGCAGAACUCGAAGAUCAUGCCGAAGCCGAUCUUUGACAAAGAGCAGCUGAUGAGGUACUACCUGGCCAACCGCAAAGACCAGCGGCAGAUGGAGCGGGAGGACUACCUGAACUACAAAAAUAGUAUGGUGAAGUCGCCAGAGGAGCGCGCGGCGGAGCGGCCUGUGGCGCCCUUUUUGUAA